ACCGCAAAGUGUCUACUGUUUAAAAGAAAGGGACUUCUCCCUCCCUCUCUCUCUCUUCCUCUCAUUCCCUCUCUCAGCAUCAGCAGACAUACACUGGCUGGAUGGAGCACUCUCACUGAGCGCUAAGAGACGGGGGGAAUGACAGGACUGUCAUCUGUCUAAAGAAAAUUAAAUAGCACUUCAAGAGUUCCUGAUGUUUUUAACCUUUCGUUUGGCAACACAUCGCAGUUCCCUAGACGGAGACACAUCUCUGAGCCUGUAGAGGAGGAUUGGUCUCACUAAGGAUCAAACCCACAUCUCCAGUAUCUUAAAACAGUUUGAACAAUCCCAGUAAGAAGAGUCAAAGAGCAAAUCAUCAUGGGGAUGCCAGGCCUGUUACUGGCCUGUAUGGCAGUAGCCAUGUUAGUUCAUCUCUCUAGUGCUGGUCUGGUAAAAAGAGUAAUUAGACACAGAAGAGAAUCACUGUCACCGACCACUGAGAACUUGACCCUCCCAAGUCCUGAUCAGCCUGUGGUUUUCAAUCAUGUAUACAACAUCAAUGUUCCCUCUGGGUCCCUGUGCUCCGUGGACUUGGAUUCACCUGGAACAACACCAGUGAAGCCAAAACCGGCCAAUGUGCAGUCUGACCAACACAUAGAACACACCAUGGACGGAGAGAAUCAGAUUGUUUUCACGCAUAGGAUUAACAUUCCUAAGAAAGCUUGCGGUUGUGAUAACCACAUGCCUGACCUGAAGGAUCUUCUGAACAGGCUGGAAAUGCUGGAGGCAGAGGUGUCCAGUCUAAGAGAGCAGUGCACCAGUGGAACAGGCUGCUGUGGUGCUCAGGUUACAGCAGGUGAAGUCACAACCAAACCCUACUGCAGUGGCCGUGGAAACUACAGCACUGAGUCCUGCAGCUGUGUGUGUGAGCCUGGUUGGAAGGGAGUCAACUGCUCUGAGCCAGAAUGCCCUAACUUUUGCCAGGAUCAAGGCCGCUGUGAAGAUGGCAAGUGCAUCUGCUUCGAGGGCUUCGGCGGUGAGGACUGCAGCACCGAGCUGUGCCCUGUGGACUGUGGUGAGAAUGGAGAAUGCAUCGAUGGGGCUUGCAUCUGUGCUGAGGGCUUCAUCGGUGAGGACUGCAGUUUUACCAACUGCCUAAACAACUGCCUCGGCAGGGGGCGCUGUGUGGAUGACGAAUGUGUAUGUGACGAGCCUUGGACAGGCUUUGACUGCUCUGAGCUCAUCUGUCCCAAAGACUGCUACGACCGUGGCCGCUGUGACAAUGGAACCUGUUAUUGUGAAGAGGGCUUUACUGGGGAGGACUGUGGGGAGCUUACCUGCCCCAAAAAUUGCAAUCACCGUGGCAGGUGCGUGAAUGGACAGUGCGUCUGCAACAUUGGCUACAGCGGAGAUGACUGCUCCAGGCUAACCUGCCUCAAUGACUGCAAUCAGAGAGGGCACUGCUUCAAUGGGAAGUGCAUAUGUGAUCCUGGGUUCGAGGGUGAGGACUGCAGCAUUCUUUCCUGCCCUGAAAACUGCAAUGACAGGGGACAGUGCAUCAACGGUGAGUGUAUUUGUGAUGAUGGAUAUGAAGGUGACGACUGCUCUGAGCUUUCUUGCCCCAAUAACUGUCACGAUCGCGGCCGAUGCGUCAAUGGGAAGUGCAUUUGCAAAGUUGGCUUUACCGGAGAAGACUGCAACAUCAAGACCUGUCCCCAUGACUGCCAUGGACACGGAGAGUGUGUGGACGGGAAAUGCAUUUGCCAUAAUGGCUUUGCUGGAGAACACUGUGGCAUCAAGACCUGUCCCCAUGACUGCCAUGGACACGGAGAGUGUGUGGACGGCAAAUGCAUUUGCCACAAUGGCUUUGCUGGAGAACACUGUGGCAUCAAGACCUGUCCCCAUGACUGCCAUGGACACGGAGAGUGUGUGGACGGCAAAUGCAUUUGCCACAAUGGCUUUGCUGGAGAACACUGUGGUAUCAAGACCUGUCCCCAUGACUGCCAUGGACACGGAGAGUGUGUGGACGGCAAAUGCAUUUGCCACAAUGGCUUUGCUGGAGAACACUGUGGCGUCAAGACCUGUCCCCAUGACUGCCAUGGACACGGAGAGUGUGUGGACGGCAAAUGCAUUUGCCACAAGGGCUUUGCUGGAGAACACUGUGGCAUCAAGACCUGUCCCCAUGACUGCCAUGGACAUGGAGAGUGUGUGGAUGGCAAAUGCAUUUGCCAUGAUGGCUUUGCUGGAGAACACUGUGGCAUCAAGACCUGUCCCCAUGACUGCCAUGGACAUGGGCAAUGUGUGGACGGCAAAUGCAUUUGCCAUGAUGGUUUUGCUGGUGAAGAUUGCAGCAUCAAAACAUGUCCCAAUGACUGCCAUGAGCGCGGAAAGUGCGUGGAUGGCAAGUGCAUUUGCCAUGAUGGUUUUGCUGGUGAAGAUUGCAGCAUCAAAACAUGUCCCAAUGACUGCCAUGAGCGUGGACAGUGUGUGGAUGGCAAGUGCGUUUGCGAUGAUGGUUUUGCUGGAGAAGACUGCAGCAUCAAAACCUGUCCCAAUGAUUGUCAUGAGCGUGGACAGUGUGUGGACGGCAAGUGUGUUUGUCAUGUUGGUUUUACAGGCCAUGAUUGCAGCGAAUUGACUUGCCCCAAUGACUGCCAUAACAGAGGACUUUGUGUAAAUGGCCAAUGUGUGUGUAACAGCGGGUUCACUGGGGAGGACUGUGGUACAAAGACGUGCCCCAACAACUGUCUGGACCGUGGCUACUGUGAAGAUGGAAAGUGUGUCUGCUCCGAGGGCUACACCGGUGAAGACUGCUCUGUUCUCACCUGCCCAGCAAACUGCAAUGAUCAAGGCCAAUGUCUGAAUGGAAUGUGCAUAUGUGAUUUAGGCUUCACUGGCGACGACUGCUCUGAAAUCUCCCCACCCAGAGACCUGACUGUGACUGAGGUCGAUCCAGAAACAGUGGACGUUGCCUGGGUCAAUGAGAUGCUUGUGACGGAGUAUCUUAUCACCUAUGUGCCUACGACUCCAGGCGGUUUAGAGAUGGAAAUGAGAGUUUCCGGUGAAAAGAAGACAGCCACUAUUAGUGAUCUCGAGCCUGGCAUAGAGUACCUAAUCAGUGUCUUUGCUGUCCUGAACAGCAAGAUGAGCGUCCCUGUCAGUGCCAGAAUAGCCACACAUCUUCCUGAACCUGAGGGUCUGAAAUUCAAAUCGGUUAGAGAGUCCUCAGUGGAGGUUGAAUGGGACCCCUUGAACAUCCCGUUUGAUGGCUGGAACCUCAUCUUCAGAAACACAAAAGAAGAGGAUGGAGAGAUUUUGAACUCUCUCACCGCUCCUGAGACCACCUUUGAGCAGUCUGGUCUUGGACCUGGACAAGAGUAUGAAGUCAAGCUUGAGGUGGUAAAGAACAACACUCGUGGACCACCAGCCAGCAAGAACGUUGUCACAAUGAUUGAUGCUCCCAGUCAGGUGGAUGUGCGUGAUGUGACAGACAGUACAGCCCUUAUAACCUGGUUUCAGCCUGUAGCUCAGGUGGAUGGGAUCUCUGUGUCCUAUGGUCCAAUCACAGAUAUAGACAGGAAAAAAAUCGAGCUUUCCUCCAUGGAUACCCAGUACCAUCUGGCUGAGCUGAACCCUGACACCGAGUAUGAGGUCUCUCUCAUGGCCCGCAGGGGAGAGUUGACCAGCUUUCCGGUCUCGGAGACCUUCACAACAGACCUUGAUGCCCCCAGCAACCUCAAGGCAGUUGAACAGACAGAUGAGAGCAUAACUCUGGAGUGGAAAAACAGCAUAUCUGAUGUCCUCAAUUACCGCGUCAAAUACGGCCCACUUUCUGGAGGGGAGCACGGAGAACUGGUCUUCCCCAGCGGCCCGCAAGAUACCACUCAGGCUAAAAUCACUGGCCUUAGGCCCGGGACAGAGUAUGGAAUGGGUGUGACGUCAAUCAAAGAAGAGCGUGAGAGUAUGCCUGCUACAACCAAUGCUGUGACUGAUAUUGACUCUCCCAAAGACCUUGAAGUAAGUGAAACCACAGAGACCACAUUGGUACUGGUUUGGAGUAGGCCGGUCGCCAAAAUCGACAACUAUGUGCUAGUCUUUACAUCUGCGGAUGGCACAGAAACUGAAUUGGAGGUACCUCUUACUGUCAAUACCUACACCCUGACUGACCUGAAUCCUGGAAUGCUGUACACCAUCAGUCUAUCUGCCAAGAGAGGAAGAAAGAUGAGUGCGCCAGCCACUCUGUCAGCAUCCACAGAUGAAGAGAAGCCUCAGGUGGGCAACAUCACCAUCUCUGAUGUGUCCUGGGACAGCUUCAGUAUGUCCUGGGAGCUGGACAGAGGAGAGGUUGAGAGCUUUCUGGUUGAAGUAUCUGACCCAGAUGGCUUAUCUGAUGGUCAGAACCACACUUUAUCCAGUCAGGAGUUCAGCCUGGCUGUCACUGACCUCUCCCCUAGUACUUUCUACAGGGUCACACUGUAUGGGCUGUACAAGGGAGAGCUCUUAGAUCCUGUCUUUGCUGAAGCCAUCACAGAAGCUGAACCUGAAGUGGAGCAUCUCUCGGUCUCAGACAACACCCCGCACAGCUUUAAACUGACAUGGACUGCACCCGACGGCAUCUUUGAUACAUUCACUAUCAAAGUCGGGGAUUCUAACGGCCUGGGUCAACCUCUCCAGUUCAGUGUGUCUGGAGACAAGCGAACAGAAGCGGUGACAGGUCUCAAAGAAGAUACGGAGUAUGACAUCGAGCUCUUUGGAAUCAUUUUGGGACGGAAAUUCAAGCCCCUUUUGUCUGUAGCACGAACAGGUCUGGGAACACCCAAGGAGAUACGCUUUUCUGAUGUGACUGAUACAUCAGCCACUGUUCACUGGACUUUGCCCCGUACCCAUGUAGACAGCUACCGGGUCACCUAUGUGCCCAUUCAGGGUGGCAGCCCUAUGACACUGAGAGUAGAUGGAGGAGAGUCUCAAGCCAUGCUGCCUAAUCUGACACCUGGAGUGACCUACCAGGUCACUGUCAUCGCUGUGAAGGGCUUGGAGGAGAGUGAACCAGGAUCUGAUAGAGUCACGACAGCCCUGGAUAAACCACGAGGUCUGACAGCAGUCAACAUCACCGACACUGAAGCUCUGCUGCUGUGGCAGCCGUCCAUUGCUACUGUGGAUGGAUAUGUCAUCACUUACAGCGCAGACAGUGUGGCUCCAGUGAUGGAACGGGUGUCUGGGAACACUGUGGAGUUUGAGAUGAGCUCCCUCACACCUGCCACCCUGUACACUGUUAAAGUUUAUGCUGUCAGAGAAGCAGCCAAGAGCGCUGCAACCAGCACAGAGUUCACCACAGAUGUCGAUGCCCCUCAGAAUCUGGCUGCCAGUAAUAUUCAAACAGAAAGUGCUAUGUUGACAUGGAAGCCACCAAGAGCAGACAUCAGUGGGUACAUCCUCAGCUUUGAGUCUGCUGAUGGCAUUGUCAAGGAGGUUGUCCUUAGCCCCACGGCAACAUCUUACAGCAUGACUCAGCUGACUUCCUCCACUGAGUACACAGUCAGACUGCAGGCCAUCGCUGGGCCAAAGAGAAGCAAAAUCAUCUCGACAGUCUUCUCCACCAUUGGAGUGCUAUACAAGCAUCCUAAAGACUGUUCGCAGACUCUGUUAAACGGAGAAACAACCUCAGGCCUGUACACUGUUUACCUGCGUGGAGACGAGAGUCAGCCUCUGCAAGUCUACUGUGAUAUGACCACUGAUGGAGGCGGCUGGAUUGUGUUUGUGAGACGACAGAGCGGUAAAGUGGAGUUUUUCAGAAACUGGAAGAACUACACUGCAGGCUUCGGUGACCUGAAUGAUGAAUUCUGGUUGGGUCUCUCUAACCUCCAUAAGAUCACCUCCUCUGGGCAGUAUGAGCUGCGUGUGGACCUCAGAGAUAAGGGCGAGUCUGCAUAUGCGCAGUAUGACAAGUUUUCAGUCUCAGAACCACGCAGUCGCUACAAAGUGCAUGUUGGAGGAUACAGCGGCACUGCAGGUGACUCAAUGACGUAUCACCACGGCCGUCCAUUCUCGACCUACGAUAAUGACCAUGAUAUAGCUGUCACCAACUGUGCUCUGUCUUACAAGGGAGCUUUCUGGUAUAAAAACUGUCAUCGAGUGAAUAUAAUGGGACGAUAUGGAGACAACAGUCAUAGCAAGGGUGUAAACUGGUUCCACUGGAAGGGUCACGAGCACUCUAUCGAGUUUGCAGAGAUGAAGAUCAGGCCCGCCAACUUCAGGAAUUUUGAGGGAAGGAGAAAGCGAUCGUAAACCAAUGCGCUCCAGCUCGAACCAAGCAACCCUCCACUGCUGACCACUUGUCCCUUGUUUCUCCUGCAUCAUCUCAUCCCCUUCAUCUACCAAAGUCACUGCCAGGAGCCCAGCCUGCUCUUCACCCCCCACCCCCACCCCCAUUCAAACCUACAGUCCAUACACAGUUGUGUGUGUACCACUUCUGUGCAUGUCAGUCUGACAGUGAACCAAUAGACUCAUAGUGAAGUGUUUAACAUUACACACUGUGCCUGUACAUCAUAAGCACACCAAAGACAGACAGUCCAGUAACACCUAUACGAUACAAUGCCUACGGAGAGGAGAUUUUGAGUUUGGCUUGGUGCUUUCCAGUUUAAAAAAUUAUAAUAUUAUUAUUUCUGUAUAUCCCAUACAGUUACAGUGGGAAGAGUUGAAUGUUUGUGUGUGGUAUUUUUGCUUCAGAGCAUCUUCCCUAGCUAGGCUGUGAAUUAGCCUCAAUAAUUAUUUAUCCUUUAACUUCUCAAUUGGGGCGAGAAGUUUAAUGGCACAUGGUAAAACUCAGCAUUUAAAAUGCAGAACUGCAAAAAAAUAAAAUAUCUAGUGGGGAGGCUCAGAGAUUUUUUUUUUUAUUUUUUUUUCAUCUCUUUUGUCAGUCUGUGACAAAUCUAAGUACCCAUGCUCUCUGUUUUCUCUCUCCCACAACUCAUGCAUUCAUCAGUUCUGAAGUGGCACAUUUCUGGAACCGAUACAUACACAGUACUGUUAAGUGUUCAUUUAUAUGCACCUUUUGUCGUGUUUCCUGUACCCUAUAACUAUAUUGGCAUUCAGUCACAAAGCAUCAGAAUCUUGAUUUGUUGAUUGUUAUCCUCUAAAAAUUAAUUAAACAAAAGUUAAGGCAGGACCUAUGUUCAGUCUUUUGUUUAAGUGAUACUGUGUUCGCCAGUUAAGAGCUUGUAUAAUGUUCAAGAUUCAGGAAAAGGAAAGGUAAUGGCCAGGAGAUUGGAAUUGUUGUAAACAUAGCAUUAUAUGAAAGUCCUGUUUGCAAAAAAAGAAUUAAUAUACAGAAAAAGUCGUCGUGUUUGCCCCUACCCUGCUUUCGACUAAACCACUGACCCUAUACAAUGCCUGUGUAAAUUAUGUCUCGUUUUGGUAUUUGAAUAUUUUUGUUUGUUUGUUUAUUAAAUGGGUGUACAACAGGUGUUUCUUUGUAACCCCUCUUACAAUAAAACAGAUUUUGUUUAAUAAA